UAAGUUUAGUUAUUGUUAAACCUAGUUCAACAUCGGACAUAGAUUCUACGUUAUUCCUUCCGCGUCGGUAAAUGGAAAAAGAGAAAUAAUAUUUUCAUAGUGAACCAAGUACUGCAAUUUAUUGUAACAGCAACAGAUAAUUGAUUCAUAACCACUGAAUACUCGGUAUAGCCGUCAAAAUAAAUUCGCUGUAACCAGUUCUUUUGAAUUUUGACCUUUUUUGGUGUUGAACAAGAUCUGAGAAGAAUAGAUUGAGUAAUGGAAGACAUCAACUGGUCCAUCUUUAUUUUCAUAGUAUCAUUUUUAGUACACACAGAUGCUGGUUCAAAAUGUUUUGAUUGCACGCGACUACCAUUCCCACGUGACUGUGAUCACGUGACUCAAUGUGGGGAUCACGAGGUGUGUUACACAAAACAAAUCGUAUCUCACAGUGGUCACGUAUUCUACAACACAGGCUGCUUGGACAGGGUGAGGUGUAUCAAUUGGGUACAUAAAAAGAGACAUGUGAUCAGUGAUUCCCUAUUAAUAUCUGAUGACGAAUCAAAUGACAUAAUCACGUGCUUACAAUGUUGCCAUGGUGAUUAUUGUAACACACACGGAUGUAAUUCGGAACCUCACAAACCAUAUCCUAGUGCACGCGGGCCUCUAUGUUUUAACUGUCAAAAAGGAACUGCGUUGCCAGGUGAUUGCGAAACUGUGGUAGUUUGCGGACAAGAUGAGCAUUGUUCCAUUGAAGAUAUAGUCGGUAUCGGAGGUGACAAGUUAUAUAAAACUGGCUGUAAAAAGUGUGACAGAGGUAACUAUAUGAUACCAGUAGGUAAAAGAAGCGCAACUUCCUGUUCCGGUUGCUGUCAAACCGAAUUCUGUAAUAACAAUUGUAAUUCUGUAACUUUGAUGAUUCCGUCGAAGCCGACGACCGCCAUCACAUCAACAACAAGUUACAAGACAACACAGUCUCAAAUUCUGCCAUUUCCGGCGCCUACAAUGUACUCUAAAGACCAGCAAUGUAAGAUAGUGGGAUACAGGUAUCUAAAUUUUUACGACAAGUGCUUCAAACCGUACAGUGAUCGAAAAUUAUCAUGGCAACAAUCACGUGACAAGUGCAUUGAAGAUGGCGGAGAUCUGGUUAUAUUUCAUGACAAACCGGAAGAAUUUUAUUUUGAAACCUGGUUAUUGAAUUUGACAUCCGUGACGUCACGCUACUGGGUUGGAGCUUCUGAUCUUGGACAUGAAGGAACUUGGCUUUGGGUUGACAAUACAACUGUUGACACCAAACUCUACUUUCACCCAGGGGAGCCGAAUGAUGCUGGAUACCCAGAGGGAUUUCACGAGAAUUGUGCCGCGGCCACAUAUUUUGCUGAUCAAGCACACCGUAUUCUCCUGAAUGACGACAACUGUUCGCUACCUUCUUAUUUCAUAUGUGAAAUAGGCUUCACAAGGGAAUGUCCGGACAAAAGCUAUUUGUACUCUGCAGCUGUUGGGAUGUGCUUUAAAAUAUACACUACAAUGUGGACAUGGCAACAAGCGCAAGACAAAUGCCAUUCGGAACACGCGGCUCUCGUCGAACCGAAUACAAUAGCAAAGAUAAAGUUUUUUGAUAAGUUCUUAAGAACUUUGGCAAUUGUAAAAGCUAAAUAUUGGGUUGGCGGAAAACAAAGUCAGAAUGACCCGAGUGUAUUUACAUGGCAGACGACAAAGCAGACGAUAGGUCAGGGACUAUGGCACGUGGGAGAGCCAAGCAGUGACACCGAACAUUGUGCAUCGCUUCAUUACUAUAAUAGACCAGAUCUUGACAGACUUUAUCUCUUAAAUGAUUUACACUGUACUGAUCAUAAUGCAUUUAUUUGUCAAUAUUUAUGGUAAACAAUAAAAUAUGAAGUGAGUAGCAAAAUAGUCCAUUAUUUUAAU